AAGGAAGGAAGGAAGGAAGGAAGGAAGGAAGGGCAAAUAAUACCGAGUUGUGUUUUCUAUGAGAACAUUUGCUUUGGUUAGAGUCCGUUUUGGUUAGAGUCAGACUUUCUGGAACAGAUUGAUGACGUUAACCAAGGCACUACUGUAUUUUUAUUAUGAUUUUUAUCAUUAUAUUUGGGAUGGGGGCUGCAUGGCGGUCGUGUGGUUAGUGCGCAGACCUCACAGCUAGGAGGCCCGGGUUCAAUUCCAUGCUAGGUUAACAUGCUAGGUUAAUUGGCUCCACUGGUAUGAAUGUGAGUGUGAAUGGUUGUUUGUCUAUAUGUGCCCUGGGAUUGGCUGGCCACCAGUCCAGGGUGUAUCUCGCCUGAAGACAGCUGGGAUAGGCUCCAGCACGGACGGUAGAAAAUGAAUGAAUGAAUAUUUGGGAUGUAAGAGAGUAUUUCUGUCACGGAUUGAUUGGCUUUCCAUGGUUUUCUAUGAGAACAUUUGCUUUGGUUAGAGUCCGUUUUGGUUAGAGUCAGACUUUCUGGAGCCGAUUGAUGAUGUUAACCAAGGCACCACUGUAUUAUUAUGAUUUUUAUCAUUAUAUUUAGGAUGAAAGAGAGUAUUUCUGUCAUCCCGGUGGAACAGACUCCGUGGGUCCGUCCCGCUAGCGAAGUCAUGUUGAUAUUUGCAUGCUGACUCUGUUUCCAGUACACAGAGAAUCUAUGAAUAGAUGUUUGGUGUGAAAGAGAAAGAGAGAGAGAGAGAGACAGCAUGAGGAUGGCCCUCUUCGUGUCACGCUGGUGCGAUGACGUGAGCUCAGAGGACGGCGGUAGAGGUCUGCAGUUGGCGUGCACGUCCCUGAAAGCUCGGGGCGUCUAAAAGCACAUAUCUCCGUGAAGGAAGCACUCGUGGUCCGGAUGCUUUACUGGCCUGCUGCUUUUCACUGGAGAUGCUUUGGUGAGGACGAGUGACCCGCUCCAGCCCGUCACCAUGGCAACAUCAACUCUGGGAAAGGAAGCUUCUCUUGAGGCCAUCUUGAACGAGUCCAUCCAUGCAUUUGACGACAACGGAGAGCUGGAGGCCAACCUCCCUCGCAUGCUUCUGCUCAUGCAUCGCUGGUAUGUCACGUCGGCAGAACUGGCUGGAAAACUCCUCAUCAUGUACCGGGACUGCAAAGGUGACGGCUGCCAGAGAACCAGACUAAAGAUCUGUUAUUUAAUGAGAUAUUGGAUAGUGACGUUCCCUGCAGAGUUCAACCUGGAUUUGGGUCUGAUCAGGAUCACAGAGGAGUUCCGAGAAGUGGCCGCAAAGCUUGGCUGUGAGGAGCAUUUCAGACUUAUUGAUAUCUCCACCAUUCCUUCGUACGACUGGAUGCGUAAGUUGACUCAGCGUAAAAAGCAGGUGAAGAAGGGGAAAGCUUCUCUGUUGUUCGACCACCUCAAGCCCAUGGAGCUGGCGGAGCACCUGACUUUCUUGGAGUUCAAAUCCUUCAGGAGGAUAUCGUUCCCUGACUACAAGAGCUACGUGAUCCACGGCUGCCUGCUGGACAACCCAACACUUGAACGCUCCAUCGCUCUGUUCAAUGGAGUUUCCCAGUGGGUCCAACUCAUGGUCCUGAGCAAACCGACACCUUCGUCCAGGGCGGAAGUCAUCACCAAAUACAUCCAUGUGGCCCAGAAACUUCGGCAGCUGCAGAACUUCAACACGUUGAUGGCGGUGGUGGGGGGGCUGAGCCACAGCUCCAUUUCCCGACUGAAGGAGACUCAGUCCCAUCUGUCUGCAGAGGUCGUGAAGAUGUGGAGCGAGAUGACAGAACUGGUGUCUUCCAACAAUAACUAUUCCUGCUACCGCAAGGCCUUCAGUGAGUGCCGGGGCUUUAAAAUCCCCAUCCUGGGCGUGCACCUCAAGGACCUCAUCGCCGUGCACGUGGUCUUCCCUGAUUGGGUGGAAGGGCGCAGCAAGGUCAACCUGGUGAAGAUGCAGCAGCUCUACAUGAUGUUCAGUGAGCUGGUGUCAAUGCAGAGCGCCGUGGCCCAAGUGGAGCCCAACAUGGACCUCAUCUACUUGUUAACGCUUUCUUUGGACCUUUACUACACAGAAGACGAGAUUUAUGAGUUGUCAUUGCUGAGAGAACCACGGAACCCAAAAUCACUGCCAACCUCUCCAACAACUCCCAACAAGACCCUGGUGCCCCUGGACUGGGCCUCAGGUGUCACCACCAAGCCAAACCCCUCCGUGGUCAAUAAGCACAUCAGGAAAGUGGUGGAUUCCGUGUUCAGGAAUUAUGACCCCGACCACGAUGGCUAUAUUUCCCAAGAAGACUUUGAGAACAUCGCUGCUAACUUUCCUUUCCUGGACUCCUUCUGCGUUUUUGACCAAGAUCAAGACGGGUUGAUCAGUAAAGAUGAGAUGAUGGCCUACUUCCUUCGUGCAAACCCGCUGCUUCAGAGUCAAAUGGGUCCAGGAUUCAUGCACAACUUCCAGGAAAUGACGUACCUGAAGCCAACUUUCUGUGAACAUUGCGCCGGAUUUCUCUGGGGCAUUCUCAAACAAGGAUACAAGUGCAAAGACUGCGGCGUCAACUGCCAUAAACAAUGCCGGGAGCUCCUGGUUCUGGCUUGCAGGAAGCUGCUGCGUUCGGGUUCCCUGGGAUGUGUGACCCCCGACAGACGACCCCACAGCUCGCUGCCCAGCAGCCCUUCAAUGCCCGCCGACCAGGACGAGGUGUUUGAGUUCUCGGCGGUGACCUCAGCAAGUCCGACUCGGGAGACGAAAAGCAUCACCCUGAUGACCGGCUCGGCCCAAAGGAUCUCCGUCCGCCUGCAGAGGGCCACCAUCAGCCAAGCCACUCAGACGGAACCUUUGUGGUCCCAACACAGCUGGGGGACCUCGGAGACCGGCUCUCAUACCUUUCCCAAAAUGAAACACCGCACUCACAGGGAGAACUACCAAAACAAAGCUUCUGUUCUUGGAGCGCUCACAGAUCAGAUCACAGAUCAGAUCACGGAUCAGAUCACGGAUCAGAUCACGGAUCAGAUCACGGAUCAGAUCACGGAUCAGAUCACGGAUCAGAUCACAGAUCAGAUCACGGAUCAGAUCACGGAUCAGAUCACGGAUCAGAUCACGGAUCAGAUCACAGAUCAGAUCACGGAUCAGAUCACGGAUCAGAUCACAGAUCAGAUCACGGAUCAGAUCACAGAUCAGAUCACGGAUCGCCGGAUCACACGAAGAGGGAAGGUAAUGUUUCAACUUCAAGGGAUCGUCGUUAAAUAACAAUCUACUGGAACUUUGGUUAGAGUCGUUAAUCUCUUCCAGAAGGUUGGACUCUAACCAAAACGUUCUCUAACCAAAUACACUAUCCUGUAAGAAAUAAAUAAAUCAUGUACAGUAAAUCCAAUUCAUUCGUUCCACACAAAACUAAACAAAACAUUUGACGUCAUAGACGUCACUUUCCUGUUUGCCAUGAAUUAUUAUUUUUAUUCAAAAACGCUUCGGUAUUUACGUUUUUGAAAAAAAAUUUUAGUUAAGAAAAUAUGUUAUGAAUUUUUUUUUCCUGGUAUUUCGUUACUCUUUUUUUUUAAAUCAUUAAAAUACAACUUUUUUCUCUUAAUAUUUUGACUUCUCCCAAAAUGACAGCUUUUUUCCAUUUCUGAAAAAAUGCCCCCAAAUCUUUUUAAAUCAAAUGAUUAAAUAAAUAAUAUCUAAAUAAUUAAUUAAAUAAUUAAAAAGGCUUAAAAGUGUAAAAAAAGUAAACAUAAAUUAGAAAAUACUUAAAAAGCAUAAAAAAUAAAUAAAAAUAUAAAAAUGCCUUAAAUAAGUCUAAAAAAACAUCCAAAUUAAAAAAAACCAAAACAAAGUUCAACUAAAUAAAAAUGACAUAAAACCACCUUAAAUAAGUGUAAAAAAUAAUAAAAAUACAUACAUUUAAAUGACCUAAAUAAGUGUUAACAUUUAAAAAUAUAUAUAACAAUUACUUAAAUGUGUAAAAAAUAUAUAUAAAAAUAAAAGCCAAUAAUAAAUAAUUCAAAUAGAAACUUAAUCAAUGGAAAAUGUGCUUUGAGAAUAAAUUUUGCUUUAUGUUUUAUUGUUUAAUGUUGUUUUAUUAUUGUUUCAUGUUUUAUUGCAUGGUUUAUUGCACGGUUAUUGCACAGGAUUUUUACAGCAGUUUUUAUCAUAGAGUCUGAAAGACGUGCUAUGAUAUCGCUCUCAUACGGAAGCGUCUGCUCUUCCUUUUCCCUUCCAGGACAGCUGACUUGGGAAGCCUGGAGAAUUCCACUGGCAGGCGUCCGGAAAGCCUCUAAUGGCCGCUAGCAAGAAGCUCUUGUGUCCGGGAAGGUGCUGGGAUGUUUGAGUGGGAGCGUCUCGGUGCUCGGACAGCAGCAGGCGGGAACGUCUGGAAAGAGCUCCAAGCAAGCAAAAAGCGCAGCACGGCGGAUAAAUGAACGCCCCCCCACCCCCCCCAAGCUGAGAAGAUGAUGGAACUUUAUUAGGAGUUAUUAAACAGCGCGUAGUUCGAUUCCUUUUUAACACCAAUCUUUCAACUUCUGGAUGAACAUUCAGAGACGGCGUAGAUAUUUACCCCGGUAUGAGGGGGGGGGGGGGGCUGUGGGGUUGUGUGUGUGUUGCUAUGGUAACUGAUUGUGCUCAAUAAAAAACGUCCAAGUAAAGUCGGCUGACGGCUUCAAUCAGGAGGGUCCAAAGUGGGACCCACGCCACUUUCUAAAAAUGGAAGAAGAAAAAAAGCAUCAAAGCAGAGAAAAGUUAUUAAAAUAUUAGGAGAAAAAAAGUUGCAUUAUAACGGCUUUUAAAAGAGAGUAACGAAAUACCAGGAAAAAAAAAUCUAAUAAUUUUCAUACCUAAAAAAAAGACAAACAAAAAAAACUGUAAAAAAAAAAAAUUAAAAAAAUGUAAAUUACUUCAGAAAAAAAAAAAAAAUAUUCAAAAUAUAAGAGAAACAAAGUUGUAUUCUAAUGAUAAAAAAGAGUAACGAAAUACCAAGAAAAAAAGUAAAAUAAUUUUCAUUGCAUAACGUAUUUUCUUAACUAAAAAAAAAGACUAAAACUAAAAAAAAAAAAAAUGUAAAUUACUUCAGAAAAAAAUCAGAAAAAAUUGAAAAAUCAGCAGCAGCAAUUUUAGAAUGAAGUAAAAAUAUUAUGAGAACAAAAAUAACCUAAUCUAAAACAUAAUCUAAUGAGAAAAAGUUGUAAUAUUCUGGGCAUAAUGUAAUAUUAAGAGGAAACGUGUUUUUUAUAAAGUUGUAACAUUAUAACCAAAACGGAGAAUAAAGAUGUGAUUUAUGGAAAAUUAGGUUGGGGUAAAAAGGUAUAUUAUUAGUCUAUAUUAUUAUAUAUAUAUAUUAAUAGUCUAAAUAUUAUAUGAAAAUUUAUAAGA